GACCUGAAUGGCCUCAUUUUAGCUGCUUCAGCGUGUGGAGCUAUUGCUUGCUCCUUCUCUUCCUGUGCCUGGUGUUACAGUGGCUGCUGAGCACCAUGAAGGUUGUUCCAGAGAAAAAUGCUGUCCGCAUACUCUGGGGGCGAGAACGGGGCACUCGGGCCUUUGGAGCUCAGCGGCUUCUGCAGGAGCUGGUGGAAGAUAAAACCCGGUGGAUGAAAUGGGAGGGCAAGAGAGUAGAACUGCCGGAUAGUCCACGCUCUACCUUCUUACUGGCCUUCAGCCCAGACAGGACUCUCUUGGCCUCCACCCAUGUGAACCAUAAUAUCUAUAUUACGGAGGUGAAGACUGGCAAGUGUGUUCAUUCGCUGAUUGGACACCGUCGUACUCCAUGGUGUGUCACUUUCCAUCCCACCAUCUCAGGCCUUAUUGCUUCUGGCUGCCUGGAUGGGGAGGUUAGGAUUUGGGAUUUACACGGUGGCAGUGAAAGCUGGUUCACAGAUAGCAACAAUGCCAUUGCCUCUCUGGCUUUCCACCCUACGGCUCAGCUCCUUCUGAUUGCCACUGCCAAUGAGAUCCACUUCUGGGAUUGGAGCCGAAGGGAGCCCUUUGCUGUGGUGAAGACAGCUAGCGAGAUGGAACGGGUCCGGUGAGUCCUCUUAACUUUUCUUGGUUUACCUAAAGGUUCUACCUAACUGUCUUGCUCUGCCUCCGUCCCACCUUGGUCCACACUGCAGGGUGAUGAUGAACCAGAGAUCCCCAUAGAUGGAACAGAAAUAUCUCACUACCGACAGCGUGCCCUGCUGCAAUCACAGCCAGUUCGCCGGACGCCUCUCCUCCACAAUUUCCUGCACAUGCUGUCCUCUCGCUCCUCUGGCAUCCAGACCGAGCCCUUCCAUCCCCCGGAGCAGGCCUCAGCAACGCAGCAGGACCAGGGCCUCCUGAACCGGCCGUCUGCCUUCAGUACAGUCCAGAGCAGCACUGCCGGCAACACGCUCCGCAACCUCAGUCUGGGUCCCACCCGUCGCUCUUUGGGAGGCCCUUUGUCUAGCCACCCUUCUAGGUAUCACCGAGAAAUAGCUCCUGGACUGACAGGAUCUGAAUGGACCCGGACAGUGCUCAGUCUGAACUCCCGCUCUGAGGCGGAAUCCAUGCCCCCGCCCAGGACCAGUGCCUCUUCGGUGACUUUGCUGUCUGUGCUGAGGCAGCAGGAAGGUGGCUCUCAAGCAUCUGUGUACACUUCAGCCACAGAAGGGAGGGGUUUUCCAUCUUCAGGGUUGGCAACUGAGUCAGAUGGAGGGAAUGGCUCCAGCCAAAACAACUCAGGCAGCAUUCGCCAUGAGCUUCCAUGUGACCUGAGACGCUUCUUUUUGGAGUAUGACCGGCUUCAGGAGCUGGACCAGAGCCUGAAUGGGGAACCCUCCCAGACCCAACAGGCCCAGGAAAUGCUCAAUAAUAACAUUGAAUCUGAGAGGCCAGGCCCCUCCCACCAGCCCACCCCACACAGCAGUGAGAACAACUCCAACCUGUCCCGUGGUCACCUGAAUCACUGUCGUGCUUGCCACAAUCUGCUAACCUUUAACAACGAUACCCUGCGUUGGGAAAGAACCACACCUAACUACUCCUCUGGCGAGGCCAGCUCCUCCUGGCAGGUCUCCAGUACCUUUGAGGGCAUGCCAUCGAGUGGCAGCCAAUUGCCACCUCUUGAGCGGACUGAGGGCCAUACGCCCAGCUCCAGCAGGCUGGAGUUGAGCAGCUCUGCUAGUCCGCAGGAGGAGAGGACUGUGGGGGUGGCCUUCAACCAGGAGACAGGCCACUGGGAAAGAAUUUACACCCAGUCCAGCAGAACUGGAACUGUAUCACAGGAGGCCUUACAUCAGGAUAUGCCUGAGGAAAGUUCUGAGGAAGAUUCACUCAGGAGGAGGCUGCUGGAGUCUUCCCUCAUUUCAUUAUCCCGUUAUGAUGGAGCAGGAUCCAGAGAGCACCCAAUUUACCCAGACCCAGCGAGAUUAUCUCCUGCUGCAUACUACGCUCAGAGGAUGAUCCAGUAUCUUUCACGGAGAGACAGUAUUCGCCAGCGCUCCAUGCGCUACCAACAGAACCGGCUUCGCUCUUCCACCUCCUCCUCUUCCUCAGACAACCAGGGUCCAUCAGUAGAGGGAACCGACUUGGAAUUUGAGGACUUUGAGUACUCACGCUUUGUACCAAGGCGUUUCUUGCUGCCUGAGUACUUGCCUUAUGCUGGGAUUUUUCAUGAACGUGGACAACCUGGCUUGGCUACUCACUCUUCUGUUAACAGGGUUCUGGCAGGGGCAGUGAUUGGUGAUGGACAGUCUGCUGUGGCCAGUAAUAUUGCCAAUACCACCUACCGGCUCCAGUGGUGGGACUUCACUAAAUUUGACCUCCCAGAAAUCAGUAAUGCCUCCGUGAAUGUGCUGGUACAGAACUGCAAGAUCUACAAUGAUGCCAGCUGUGACAUUUCUGCAGAUGGCCAACUCCUGGCAGCUUUCAUCCCUAGCAGCCAAAGGGGCUUUCCCGAUGAAGGCAUCCUGGCAGUGUACUCCCUGGCCCCCCACAACUUGGGUGAAAUGCUCUACACCAAGCGAUUUGGUCCCAAUGCCAUUUCGGUGAGCCUGUCCCCAAUGGGCCGGUACGUAAUGGUGGGUUUGGCCUCACGAAGGAUCCUGCUGCACCCCUCCACAGAGCACAUGGUGGCCCAGGUCUUCAGGCUGCAACAGGCCCAUGGUGGCGAGACCUCCAUGCGGAGAGUUUUCAACGUCCUUUAUCCCAUGCCUGCUGACCAGCGGAGACAUGUCAGCAUCAACUCUGCCCGCUGGCUGCCUGAGCCUGGGCUCGGCCUGGCCUAUGGCACCAACAAGGGAGACCUGGUGAUCUGCCGACCAGAGGCCUCGAACUCAGGCAUUGAGUACUACUGGGACCAGCUGAACGAGACUGUCUUCACGGUCCACUCCAGCAGCCGGAGCAGUGAGAGGCCCGGAACCAGCAGAGCCACAUGGAGGACAGACAGAGACAUGGGUCUGAUGAAUGCAAUUGGGUUGCAGCCUCGGAACCCCACCACCUCAGUGACGUCUCAGGGCACCCAGACUCUGGCCCUUCAGCUGCAGAAUGCGGAAACACAGACGGAGAGGGAGAUACAGGAGCCAGGGACAGCAGCCUCGGGUCCCGGGGAAGGUGAGGGCUCAGAGUACGCAGGUGGGGAAGACGCCCUCAGCAGGAUCCAGCGGCUGAUGGCCGAGGGUGGCAUGACCGCCGUGGUGCAGCGGGAGCAGAGCACCACCAUGGCCUCCAUGGGCGGCUUUGGCAACAACAUCAUCGUCAGCCACCGCAUUCACCGCAGCUCCCAGACAGGGACUGAGCCUGGGGCCGCCCGCACCUCCUCGCCCCAGCCCUCCACCUCUCGGGGACUGCUCCCGGAACCUGGGCAGCUGGCAGAGCGAGGCCUAAGCCCCCGGACAGCCUCCUGGGACCAGCCCAGUACCCCUGGGCGGGAGCCCCCCCAGCCAUCCUUGCCCUUUUCCUCCCCUGCCCCUACUCCUGUCCCCCUUCCCAGCACUGAGGGACCAACCCCGCACUGCGACCUGACCAGUAACCACCACCUUCCUGACAGUGGCGGUAGCAGCAGGGGGGAAGCUGCAGGCCCCAGUGGGGAGCCACGGAACAGGUAGAGACAAGUGUGCACUGGUGCCUCCCUCAAACCGCUGAGCAGAAAUCGGACCUCACAGCUGACUGGGAACUGGACACGGAAGAGCUGCAGGCUGCAUCAGGAACAGGAGCAAGAGGGCAGGGGUUCGAGGAAAUCAGAGUCUGUGGGCGUGAGGCAGUCAAAUGGGCAAGGCUCACCUUAGGACUAGAACCUUUCAGGAUCUGGAGCCCAUGGAGCCACACUGCUGUGCUGAGUGAAGAGAAGGAAGUGGGUAUUCUGCCAUGAACCCCGUUUACCCUAGUCACAGAGAACCCCAGAAGGGCCAAACUAUCCUGCAUAGUGGCCAGUGAGACAGCUGUGCCCUGUCCACCUGUUGUAGGGGCCAAGCCACUAGGACUUGAAGAGCAAGAGGAGCAGCCGACCCCCAGAAACCAUCUCUAUCUCGGAGCCUCCAGAGCUUCAGCUUCUUAUCUUUCCCCACGAAGGCCACUGUCGGGCAGGCCAGGCCCAGAUUCCCGAGGACGGGCUUCUACGCUUGCUAAUGGGGACACCAUGGAGUGGGGGGAGCCUGCUUGCCUGACAGAGGAUGGGGUCAAGGGAUGGUGGGCAGGUCCUCACUCAGGAGUGGGGGGUGUAGGCUGGCCAGCCCCCAGGGCCUGUCCACCAAGCCCCUCCCUCCCUGUCCCCCAGGUCCUCAGAGCAGCGCCUGUGGGUAUCAGUAUUCCCUGAGCCGAGGCCAAAGCCAGCCCGAGGCUGGGGGAGGGGGUGAAACUCCAGGUCAGAAUGUGAGGUCUUGGUCUGUGAUUUAAGGUGUUGCAUGUGGAAUCUUAAACUGUACGUGUAGUUUCUAGUGGAAAAAUCAAGGCGCUGAUUAUUUUGUUUUUAGUAUGAAAAUGUGAUUUCUGUUUGUAACUCAUAGAAACAUUGUGGUGGGAGAAGAGGGGAUAGUCUGACUGCUAAUGAGGGAAACACCAAAGAUCUACAUCAUUAAAAUGAUGACAUGCCCCUCA